AUGCAGCAGGUCGGGCGGGCGACUUGGGACCGCCAAAUGGCCGCCACAACCCACCUCAACGUCCGCGAUGCGAGUAGCACCCAGCCCCUGCUCGGUGCUGACGAGUACGAUGCCUAUUCGUGGGUGCUGCUUGAGGACCAUCCGUUGCGCUCUCAUCCCACGGAAUGUUGUCCCGGUGUACUUUGGGUACUUCGGAAAUGCUGUGCCGCAGUGACCAAGAGAUGGAGUGAUCGCGCGCUUACUCUGAUCUGUCUGUUCUUGAUGUUCUUAGUGGCGAUUCAAUUUCUCUCGCUCUUGCCAUACGGCGUCUCCUAUCUUUUCCUACACGAGCAGUACAAAGCACAAUCGGGAUUUAUUCAUUGGCCUGUGGAGUUUGAAGGCCAGCCAGCUGCUUGUAUAUCCUAUAACCCACGAGCCCAUGCAGAUUCCAUUCAGUACUCCCUUGCGGCGGGCUGUACUGGAGUCAAGGCCGAUAUCUGGCUACAGGACGAUGACCUUCUUGUAGGCUCUUCAUGGUCGAGCCUCAGGAACGAGUCCACGCUGCGCAAGGUGUAUCUGGAGCCACUAUUGAACCACUUUGAUGCUAUGAGCUUAUCUAAAGCUCAGCCUGACCACGACUCCAUGGUCGCGACAGGACUGUUUGGACAGGAUUCAAUACAAUUCAAAUUGUACUUGGAGAUCCGGUCCUCUGCAGACAACGUGUGGCCUCGUCUCUUAUCUGAACUGGCGCUUCUCAGCGAACGUGGGUAUCUUACCCACCGAAACGGGACGCAGGUUGUCCCAGGGCCUAUUACAGUUGUUCUGACAGGUCGAGAGCAAGUGGACCUUGAUGGUCUUUCCAUCGACCAUGAGAGCGUCUUUAUCUUCUUGGAUGAAUCAGUCGUAACAGAAAUCGAAGAGUCUGCUGCUGUCCAGACCUCGACGGAAGACGAAAUGGAAUUUUCUGACCAGAGCUUACCGGGGACCUUUCCUCGCUCCGACGAAGAUCCAUCUCUGAUCAAGGCGCUCCAAAUGUACAGUGCCUCCGUCAACUUUGCCGAGAUCAUCGGAUCGCCUCAUCGCGGGCGAUUUUCUCGACAGCAGAUCGAAAGGAUUCAGAGUCAAGUGCAAACCGCGCAUCAAAAGGGGUUGCUGGCUCGGUACGAAGGCAUACCGUGCCACUCGGAAGGGAUGCGCCGCAUUAUCUGGCGUAUCUUGGUGAACGAGGGGGCCGAUCUCAUUGAGGUGGACUGGACAGGGUGUGCUAGCCGGGGCUGGCGGCGAUUCUUCAGCAUCGGGUCGCGGGGGACCGUUCCGGCCGCCAGCCACCCGCUGCAUCCUCCCAGGACAUGGGGCAAGUAA